AUGACCAGCAUCAUAUUCAUCAAUGUGCAGGAUGUGUCGGACCAUAGUAAAGCUCGAGCCCGGCAACAUGCUGCAACCGUUUAUCACCGAAGGAAACGUCUGACAGGCUGUCGACACUAUCAAAAGGCUUCGCGAUCGAGAACGGACGGCGAUGCUGACUUGGUUAAAGACGAACCUGUCUCUCAAGGCCGAAUGAUGGUAACACGCCGAAGACCUGACCUCACCAGCACAAUGUCGACGGCCCCGGAGAGACCGAGAAUAGAUAAUGCUGGAGUUUCCGCGCCCCCCUGGAGAUGUACCGCGCCAACAACGAUAAAGUCUGUAGCUGACGACCUGAAGAUUGAAGCUGUCCUUAGGAUCUCUUUGGAUUGGAUGGUGGGACAAUACAAUUGCCGUUGGUCAUCCCUUAUGGAACACGAUUCCGGCCUUCUCGACAUGGACAACAAACUGGAACUCUUUCGAGAAACAUUUUACAUCGUCUCCGAUCUUCUUGAUCUCAACAAGGUGAACGCAGCCUUUGCAGUUUUGAAGGUGACAUUGGACACCUUCCCACGUCUCCUUCAAGAAAUCCACCCAGAAUUACUUUUCUCGCUCGCCGAGCUCGCUUAUGGCUUGAGCAUGCCAAAUUCCUCUGCACUACAUUCAAAGAUCAAGACACAUGUUGCUGAAAUGACGUCCCUCAUUCUCGGUUCCGACCACCCUUUCACGAUCCUACUGAAUAUGGAGUUUGUUGGAGAAUUACGAAGUCAUGUUACGGAGGUUGUCUUCAAAUGCAUUACGGAUUCUCUUGGCCGAACCUUUGGCAAGACAGCCUACCAAACGCUCGUGCACCAGUUUGGUCGAUCUCAAUUUUAUGCACGUACAGGCCAAGUUGAGGAGGGGAAAAAAAUAAUGGGCCAAGUGCUUGACACAUGGAAAUGUCUCUAUGGUCCGGACUCUAUCCUCGCGAGGCUUGCAGAGUUGGAGUACAACUUACUAGGUCUCCAGCGACAACGAUUGCAUGAUCUAUCCCUGGAUGCCCAGAUCAGUAACAUCAUGUGCAGGAUCGAGUCAAUAUCGGGUAUCUGUAACAACAAAUUCACAGAUCAAUCGCCUUCAAAUUUUCAAGGCAUCGAGCGGGCGUCCGGAAAACUGCGCUUGGCACGAUGGUUUUUGCAGAAUAAGCGAUAUACUUUUGCACUGCACUGUUACGACCGCUCUACGCUUCGUAGUGGAGCGGACUCUUCUCAGGCAAUAUCAUCUCUGGCCGACACCAUCUCGAACAUUGUUGAAACCUCGUUUAAGGACGGCUCAACCCAGAUCGAAGGUGGGUAUAUUGUUCCAUCACAGGCUCCCAUAGACACAAGUGUGGCAACCAUGACACAGACACAAUUUUAG